AUGCCCCGAGUUCGAGUGCCUAUCCGACGAUCGGGAUACCGAUAUACUGCUCGACCAGGUGUACGUUAUCCUGUCGCACCUCCAGCUAAACGUGGUGGUUUAUUAGGUGGCUUAGCUGGAUUGCUUCUGUGUUUACUGUGCCUCGCAACACUCGGUCUACUUGGUCUAUUUGCCACCUUCAUUGCAUUGACCGCCUAUCUCGGAGACGUUUACCGUGCUUUGAGAGAUGCUGGUGGUGAUGCCUCAGCACACUAUGCAAACAUGACCAUCUUACUUGCUGCAUUGUGCUUCGCCGGUUAUCACAAAUUGCAGCGAUCAUUAUAA